GUGGCAUCUAUAGGGGCCUGACCCUACUGCAACAAGCUGGACAUAGCAAACAACAAAUCCAGUGGUCCUGGGAGUGAGCAGCCAUCCACGCAAGAAUCAGCUUUGGCAUGCUCUUCCUGAGAGCUAAUUCUUCCUUUGCUGAUGGGCAACCUAGAUUGGUCUCCCUUCACUUCCCAGACUCCUUUCAUGAUAUAUGCAAAGCAGAAUGGGCCUCCCUGAAUAAGCACAAGCCUGCUCACAAGCUGGUUAAAAAAUGCUUCUUCUCCCAUCAGAGUGUUGGAACAGCUGAGAACCUCCACUGUGGAUUAGCCAGUAGCUGCGCUAUCCUAUACUUUCCUCCUGGGAAGGAGGCUCCAGAGAUCCAUGUGAUAAGAGAGCGGAGGCUGCACUGUGCAGGCACUUUGAGGCUGUGGCUUAUGCCUUACAAGCUUGGAAGUGGGUUCUGUUUUUGCCCGGGCCAAUAUGCUGUGGCAGCCAGGGAAGAUGUCCUCAAGCACACCAAGGAUGCAGUCAAGAAGAUGUUCCUUGCAACAGCAUUCCAGGCAGAAGCAGCAAGGGAUGCUAUGCAGUUUAGCGCCAGAGCCAUGGUGGCAAGCACUGUGCCUCAGUGCAAUAUCUGGCUUCGCAGCUGGGAGGUGAACCCCCGAUCACGAAUCCAGGGUGGCUGGCUUGCUCUUUGCAGGAUCCAAACUGUUUGGGGAGCCACUGGAGAAAAUCCUCAGAGGCCUUGCCCUCACCCAGUCCUUUCAGGGUUUUGGGGGCUCAAGAUCGUUCCAGUGCCCAUGUUCCUCUGGGAGCUUCAAACAACACUGGAGCAGGACAGACAGGUCUUCAGGGGUGGCUUCCCCCAGAAGUCAGUCAUCCUCAAGUUCCAAGUUCGAGAAGGGGACAAAGAAGAGCAGUUUGCAUGACACCAGCAGAGCAGUUCCCCAGCACUCCAUAGGGGGCAGGCUGCCAGAACCACCUCAGACAAAUGGGUUCUUCAAACUGUUUCCUCAGGGUACUCAUUGGACCUUUCCAGGUUGCCACAGGAAAAGUUCAUAGCAACUCUGUACUCCAAGAGGCCAGACAAACAUUGGGCCUACCUCAAGGCCAUCAGCCACCUCCUCGACAUCCAGACAGUGGAGCUGUUCCCGGGACCUAAUCGAAAGCAGGGGGUGCACUCAAUCCUGUUUCUGGUUCUGAAGAAAAAUGGGGAUGUCUGCACUAUAUUGGAUCACAAGUGGCUGAACAGAAGAGUAAUGUACAAGAAGUUCAAGAUGGAGACCCUGAAGUCAAUAGCAGAGGCCAUCAAUCAGGGCAAUUGGAUGGCAUCCAUUGACUUAUCCAAAGCAUAUCUUUGCAUACCUAUCUGUUGCAGGCACAGGAAAUACCUUUGAUUCUACUACAUCAGGAGGCACGUUAAGCACAGUGCUCUUCCAUUUGAUCCUGUCUCCAUCCCCAGGGUCUUUACCAAGGUACUAGUUGCUCUGGUGGCAUACUUGAGGACCCUGGGUGUGGGGCUACAUCCCUAUCUGGACAACAUCCUCAUCUGGGCACCAUCAAAAGAGCAAUGUUGGAGGGACGUUCACUCUGGCGUGCCUGAAGCAGCACAGGUUCAUUGUGAACAUGGCUGCAGAUUAUCACUCAUCUGGGGGUUCAAAUGAACAUUUUGCGACUGCGCCUCACCCAGGAGCAAGUGGACAAGAUCAUUUCUCUGUUGGAGAGGGUCAUUGCCUUGGGAUCUGCUGAUGGAGCUGGCUAAGCUUCAAGGGGUGUCUGUUUUGUGCCAGAACCUGCUGAAUUGGUCUCUCUUCCACUUUUGGCCACUGCUUCAGGUGCUUCUGUGGUUCCAGCAGCAUUAUUAUAUCAUGUUUUAACUCAUGAUCACUUUCACUCUGAUAUUAUUUUAUGCUGAUUUUACUAUAUA